CACAUUUUGUAGCUCAUAGCUACGCCUAUUUUUCAAGUUUCUUGCUAUAGCAUUACCGAUGAAGAUGAAGCCGCAAGCAUACCAAGCCCACCGAGUCCAUCCUUUCGCUCCUGUAGCCCCUCGCACGUGUACCUUACCACAGCGAAUUGUAGUAGCCAAAGCACGCCAAUUGCCGGACGCUCUGUUGUUCGACUGCGAUGGAGUCCUGGUGGAUACAGAGCGCGACGGGCACCGCAUAAGUUUUAACGAGGCAUUCAAGCAAAAAGGUCUGGACCACGAAUGGGACGUGGAUUUAUACGGCGAACUGCUGGAAAUCGGUGGCGGCAAAGAGCGCAUGACCAAGUACUUCAACGACCACCCGGACCGGGAGCCCUUCAGGAGCACCCAGGACCCCGCAGCCCGGAAAGCCCUGGUGGCGGAGCUGCACGCGCUCAAGACGGCGCUGUUCACGCAGCUGGUGGAGUCAGGGGCGAUGCCGCUGCGGCCGGGAGUGGCCAGGCUCGUGGGCGAGGCCAUCUCCGCUGGUGUGCCGGUUGCUGUCUGCUCCACCUCCAAUGAGAAGGCCGUGAGCUCCAUUGUGCGGGUCAUGCUGGGGCCACAGGUGGCGGAGGUGAUGCGGGUCUUUGCAGGAGACAUCGUGCCCAAGAAGAAGCCCGAUCCCGCCAUCUACCUGCUAGCAGCGCGGGAGCUGGGAGUAGACCCCGCGAGGUGUGUGGUGGUCGAGGACUCAGGGAUCGGCCUCAAAGCAGCCAAGGCGGCCGGCAUGACGUGCAUCGUGACCAAGUCGAGUUACACGGCGGGAGAGGACUUCAGCGCAGCGGACGCCGUGUUUCCAUCGCUCGGGGAGGACAGUGACCCGGACCGAGUAACGCUUGACCGGCUGUGUCAGUUGUUGGAGCAGGCCCAAGCCAACGCACUGGCUUGAGGCUUUACACCACCAUGUACCAUUGCGGUAUGCGUGUGAGAGAGCGUUGAACGGCUGUUGGGCUUGGCAUUUCUGUGUGUUUCACUGUCCAGGCUGCCAAUGUCCAUGGCAUGGUAGGGCCUUCACACAAGUAGACUGGGUUAAAAGCUAAGACGCGUAGGUUUGUCUUUAGGACGGCCUUGACACACGUUCGGUUUACACAGUACAGUUGUUAGUAGCAAACGGAGCAGAGUAGGGUAGUGUA